AUGACAUCUUUCUACUCAAACAAUCUCGAAAUCUGUGUGGCUUCUGGCCAACUUUGCAAAUCGUUUGGCAUCAAAAUAUCGCCCAACGCUCAAGUCGUCCAAAUCGCACGCGACGCGGGCUUUGACUCGCUCUUUAUUGAUUUGGAACAUGCGUGGCUCACUUUGGCUGAGGCGAGUAACCUAUGCAAUGUUGGCCACUUAUGCGGCAUCACACCGUUCGUGCGCGUGCCACACCAGUGUGGUAAUGGUUAUGUACAGAGAGUUCUCGAUGGCGGUGCGAUGGGUGUGAUUUUCCCGCAUAUUCACAAUGCAGCCGAUGCAAGGGCAGUUGUGAGUAUUAGCAAGUACCCCCCUCUAGGCUGUAGGUCAAUGACCGGCCAGAUGCCCAUGUUUGGCAUGCGAGCGCUGGCAGUUGACCAGACUAUUGACUUCUGCAACAAAUCCGGUUCCACUGUCUUCGCCAUGAUUGAAAGCAAGGAUGCUGUGGAAAAUGCUGAGGAGAUUGCCGCUGUUGAAGGCGUUGACGUUGUUUUGGUCGGGUCGAUGGACCUCACAAUUGAUCUUGGAAUUGGAGGCAAGUUUGACAGGCCAGAAUACCAAUCCUCGCUUGAGAAAAUCAGCCAAGCUUGUCACGCGCACGACAAAGUUUUCGGUGUAGCUGGCGUUUAUGAUAACCCCGAGCUACAGGGUUGGAUAAUUAACGGCUUGGGGGCAAGAUUCAUGCUUGUUCAGCAAGAUUCUUCCUUGUUGUCAAUAGGAGGCGCAAAAGCAGUCAAAGCUCUACCGUCUGCCACUUAG